CUGGGCGAGCUGGAGCGGCGGCGGGCCCAGGACAUGAGAGACGUGGAAAGCUACAUGGGCCAUGUCCGUACCCUGAUGGAAGAGCGGGAUGCCAUUGCCUCUGAAUAUGAGAAGGAAAAUGAGCAGCUCAGGUUGGAGCUGGAACAGCUACACCUGCAGCAGGUUCCACAGGGAAGAGCUGGAGGGGGAGCCAGCAACACCUGCAGGAGUUGUGGGAGAUCUGGAAGAGGCCCCACAGAGGCUGGUGGAGUCCCAAGCAGAUAUCCAGAGGGUGGCAGAGGGGCUGGAUACACCAAGCAAAGAGCAGAGUGGAGCAGACAGGACUGAGCUGCAGAGGGCCAUGGAGCACAACAGCCGACUGGACAAGGAGAUCCUGGCACUGCGGGCACGGGUCCAGAUGCUCGACUUGGAAAGGAAAGCGUUCCUGGAGCUGGUGGAGCAGCUCAAGGAGGAGAUCUGUGAGUACCAGCGGAGCGAGAGGCCAGAGCCUCCGCGGGCCGAGGGAGUCGGAAUGGCCUCACUGCAGGCACAGGGCACACGGGAAGAAGCAGGAGCUGGUGGAGACACUGGGGCCAGCAGAAUUGCCCCAUAUGAAGAACAUGGAGAUCAGGGUGUUGAAACUCUCCACAAAAGGUGCUGUGAAGCCAUGGAGAACAUUGAGGGCAGGAAUUCCCAGCUCCUUCACAAGCUGCAAAAACUGGAGCAGGAACGUGAGGGCAAUGAGGAGCUGGAAUCAAUUCUGGGAGAGACCCAGAUCCAAACCAAGCAAGAGAAGCAACAGCUGGAGAGCGAGGUGGAGGGACUGCACCAGAAAAUCACCUCUUUGGAAACAGAGUUGUUUGAGGUGCAGAAGAACAAAAGUGAGAUGAUUGGGAACGAGCAGGUGACAUCUGGAACUCAGGAGAUGCAGGAGAUGCUGGAAAGCUGUCAGGAAACGAUAGACAAGUUGGGGAGUCAGCUGGGAGAGAGGAGAGAAAGGAGAAAACAACUGGCAUCUGAGCUGGAGUUGCUGUGGGAAGACUUGAAGGCUGAGAAGGUGGUUCUGGGCAGCCAGGCCUCUGAAGUCCUGCAAGACAGAGAACAGAGUCCCAAAGCGGAGCAGAAACAGGAAGAUCCCUGUGCAGAUGCAAAGACCUAUGAGGAACAGAUGGCUAAAGUAGUGUUUUUGGAAGAACAGAUCAAAAACCUGAGGGAAGAACAAGAUCUGCUCUGCUCUGAAUUACUAGAGAGCAACAAGAAGAAGGAGGAGCUGGAAAAGCAGCUCAAAGAGAGCAAUGAAGAGAAACAGAUGCUGCUUGAAGAAAUUGCUCUGCUCAAACGUGACGUCCGGAGUGUCUGGGAGCAGGGCCCCAGCGGAGACAUGAGGAGGAUGACCCCAGGCUUGGAGCAGAGGGAGAACAGGUUUCUCCCAUGGCAGAGCUUGGCAGGCAGUUUAGAGGGGAGCCUUAAACAGGGUCUGUCUGAGGAGAGGUUCCAGCAGCAGGAGGAGAAGCUGCAGCAGCUGCGCCAAGACCUGCGGCGGGUGCAGAACUUGUGCAGCUCUGCCGAGAGGGAGCUCAGGUAUGAGAGGGAGAAGAACACCGACCUCCAGAGGCAAAAUCUGCUGCUCCAGCAGGAAUGCACCAAGGUCAAAGCUGAGCUGAAGCAGGCCCGGGCCAAACUCUCAGAUACCACGGAAACAUGUUCCUCCCUCUCAGCACAGUGGGAGAGGAGCCAGCAGAAGGUCAAGGAGCUGGAACUGGAGCUCUCCAAGUGCUCUCAGGCUGAUAAGCUCCAGAGCAACCUCCAAGAGAGGCUGGCCCAGGAGAAAUCCAGAGCAGGAGAAGCACAGAAGAAGGUCUCAAAACUCCAGCAAAAGCUGAAGGAUUCCCAGCACCAGCUGCUGUUGGCAGAGGCCCGUGUUUCUGAUAAGAAGCUUCUGGAAGAGGAGCUGAAGGAAGCUCGGGAAAAUGAAGCUCGAGUGCAGCAGGAACUUCACGAGGAGCAGCUGAAAAGGAGGCUCCUGGAGCAGCAGGUGGAGGAGCUGCGGCAGCAGCUCCGGCAUUCCCAGGAGACAGAGGCGUCACUGGCCAAGAUGCAUGUGGAGCUCCAGGCCAAGACCCUGCACGUCCUGGAGGAUGACAAGAAGCUGGAUGCUGGUGAGCAUGUGCAGUGCCAGAAGGAAAACCAGAAGCUCUCGGAGCAGCUGGCACUGCUGAAGGAGGAGAACAAAGCUCUGUAUGAAGAAGGUGUCCGACUCCUGAACCAGAAGGAUCUCUAUGUCAGGAAAUACAAUGAGAUGCAGCUCCGGCACAAGGACAAGAUCCGCAGGGCCAAGGAGACCUUCAUCCACGAGGUGAAACAGAGGGACAGUAGGAUCAAACAGCUGGAAAAUGAGCUCAGUGAGUCAAAGCUCCAAGUGGAAAAGGGGAAGGUGCUGAUUGCCCAGAUCACUGCUGAGAAUGAGAAAUUACUCCAGGAGAGGCGACAGCUCCUCCAAAAAAUAUCAGAGCAGGAGGAGUCCCCUUGGAGCCUCCGGUCUGGGAUUCCCUCCCUGCAGAGCAGAGGGAGGAUCCCGGAGGAGGAGAACGCCCGGCUGCAGGACAAGCUCCAGCUCUGCAGCCAUGUGGCCACCUCCCAGCGCCUUGCCAGGAGCAGCCCUGCUCCCAACACAGAGGACUCGAAGAUUGCUCCUGGCUCUGAACGCCAACCACAGAGUAAGGUGUUGCCACCUCCUCGUGCCAGCUUCCCAGCCCAAGAUGUCCCAGAGUCCCUUGGCGCCCUGAAGGCCCCACAGAACAUGAAACCUGAGGGAGAGGCUGAGAGCCAGGAUUCUUCCUUCUGCCUGUCUCCCUCGCAGCCUUCGGAGAUCGGGUACCUGAAUGUGGCCUCUCCUGGUGACAGCACAGCCCCCACGGCCUCACCUCUGCAGGACGAGAGCCUUGGCUCUGAGAACUUCUGAGCUGGGAAUGUUGGUGCAGCCUUACCUGAACUGCAGGACUUGGGCUCCUAGGGCCAUGGGAUGACAGAACCUGCAAAGAAAAUUGCCAAAUGGACUGACCCCGUGAUUUGUGGGAUAUAUUCCAACUAAAUAGUUCCACAGCUUUCUUUUACUUGCCCACCUGUAAAUGUGUGUGUGAUCCCAGAUCCACUGGAGGCUGGAAUUUGUAGAUGAACUCAGUACAGUGGUAGAGGGGUGGGGUGAAGGGUGUUUUCCCUCAAGUCUAGUUCCCUGUCCAGUCCAAAUCUAUAAAUUUUGAAAUAAAACUUGGAGAAGUUCCCUUUUA